CGUCUACUUUGUUUGUGGUUUAAAAACAUGAAUGUAGUGAUAUAGACGCUUCUGCGGUGUGUUAAUGAAUUUGUUUUGAUUGUUGUUCGCUUAUUUCGAUUACAAUAAGUUCUGUGUUUUAUUUAGUUAAUUGUGGCGAAUAUUUUUGAAUUCUGAAAGUGAACCAUGAGCCAGAAGGCAUCGACCCGUAAAGGGGGAGUAAACGAAGAUAAGGAGAAAGAAAAGAGACAGACAGAGAGCCCUGUAAAUGAUAUUAAGAAAAAAGUGGUCGCUAACUCUGAGAAAGAGAAGCAAGUUGCAGAAAAGAGUACAGAUAAAACCUCAGAAAAGAAAUCUGAGAAAAGUAAUGACAAAACUGAGAAGAAUGUAGACAAAGCAGAUAAAAAAACAACAGAGAAAAAUGCUGAAAAGAAGUCGGAAGCUCAAGAGAAAACUAAAGAAGAUAGCAGUAAAGGAGAGAAGAGUGGAAAGGAGAAGCAGGAUGAGAAAAAAGAUACGAGGAAACAGAACGGAAAAGAUGUACACAACGGCGUCAGUAACGUCACGAAUACAAACGGAACUGACGAAGCGUUGAACGGAACGGUGAGUGAAUCGGAUGAUGACGAGAUGUUGGUCAUAGACGAUCACGACCAAGACGAACUCUUCCCAGAACUGACGUAUGAUGACACGUCGGACGCUGAGUGUUUCGAACCGCCGACUCCGGAGAACGCGCCAAGUCGCAGCCUGACAAGGAGAUCACAGGCAAAAACGACUCGCACUCCGGAGACUCCGCGGCCGUCUUCCGAUCGCCAGCCGGACGUUGCAGUAGACGAUUCAAAGGAUUCCAAAGUCCUCAAAAUGAAAGACGACGCGUUAACAACAGAUCGCAAACUUCGAUCAGCUGAUUCGCCAAAACCGGAGGGUAAAAAGGAAACUACGAAACAAACGCAGGACUCGCCAAAGAAACAGGAUCCUAAAAAGACACAGGACAAUGAAAGUAAACAAGGUGGCGAUAAAACAGACGUUGAAAUUGUGAUUGAUCUUGAAGAUUCAGAAGAGGCGGCAGGCGCUGAAGAAUCGCGCAAGACAGACACAAACUUUUCCAAGUCUCGCGUGAAGGUGUCUCCAUACCGGCGAAGUGGGCGCACCAGCCGCCUCGCCGACCAUACCGCCAGCUCUGUCAUGGCCAACUACACAGGCAACAAUACAACGAUGGAAAUGGAUAUAACGGAGACAUCAUCGUUCGUAUCGGAGGAUCCAUCCCUGGACGAUUCUUACCUGAGUGGUCUGCGCACCAUCCGAGGACGGCGCUCCUAUAAGCCGCUCAAGGAGAUGGCUCUGAGGAACAUCGGCGCCAACAGAAGUCUUCGUUCCGUCGCUAGCCUCAACUCAUCGGAACAACCGUCAAGGCCAACCGGUACCGUGGUAGGCCGCAAGCGUAAACAGGAGAAUGAUGAGGUGGAACUGGGCGAAGAAGCUCAAGAGGCAAUUGGGGACAUGGAAGUUGAAGGCGCAGUGAUCGGGAAACGGCGCCGUCUUUUGGAGCGCCUCGCUCAGCCUUUCCGCCGCACACUUGCGAGCACUCCGUUACCCGCACGCCGUGCGGCAGAGAUCGUGGGCAUCAAUACAGAUCUACCGCUAUCAGCACCGGUAUCGUCAGGCGAUUCUUUCGAUCCUGAGUCGUUGAAGGCGUCCGCCAGCACCCCUGUGGCUACCCCACUCGAUAACCCCACCGUCACCACUAACGGACACGACAAGGACUCGAAGAGAUGUAUUGUUAUGUAAAUUAGAAUGGAGUUUCGCAUUUGUAGGUAGCUGACACAUCAAAAAAUAUUUAGAUUUUGUAUUGUAGAAAAGAAAGAUAUUCUCUGGCUAAAGGACUUAGAGUGAAGGUAGACUCAAUGAAAAUCUGAUUGUGAAGAAAUUUUGGGCAGAAAUUAAUAAGACAUGCUGCAAUAUUAUAUAAAAUGCCGCAACAUUACAAUAUUUAAAAUGAAUGCGUUCUAUUGAAAUUUUCAAAGAUGCAUUUUUUAACAAUAUUGUAAUAUAUGAUUUAAAUGAAAGUUCUAUUUUUGUGUUACAAAGGUCUUAAAUAUAGGUGUCGCUGCGGCAUUUUAUAAACUUUAUAUGUCAAGUAUAUGUGGUUACAAAAGUCCAGUUAAUCGGUAACAUCAUGGGAAUUAAUUGAAACAGAUGAGAUGUAUUAUAGUUCAAAUAGAUUAUAACGUCAAAUAGAAAGACAAGUAGAAUUUACAUGAAUAGAUAUAUUAUUAAAUAUCAAAGCGUAUAUAAUUAAGGAUUUACAUGUGUUUGUACAUAAUGUAUGAAUAGUACUCGAAAAUUGCUUUGGGUUCGUCGAGCACAAUAUUAACUAAUUAGCCAAAUUUUUGCGAUCAUUAUUAUUUUAUAAAUUGGAAUAAUUUUCAAUGUUUCUGAAUCAACAUUUAAAUAGUGCACUUGUAGUCGACUAAAAUGUUUUAAAAUAAAUAU